AUGCCGAAAAAAGAACCAAUUCACGGCUUAUUUGCCGUUAACAAACCUAGUGGAAAAGCAAUUAAGCAAGUUUUACAACAUAUAAAUCAUACAUUCCGUUUGCAUGCUGAAAGAACUCGACCAGAAAUGACGAGAAGACAAGUAGUAUCAUUAGGUACUUGUUUCACUCAAACAAAAUAUUGGAGUUCGGGUGUUUGUGUUGUCGGUGUAAAUCAGGGUUGUAGAUACUUGAAAUCUCAAGAAAAAAUGAAUGAG